UACCUGCUUCCAGAUCCUCAACGGAACAGCUCACUCCUGACAUCAUGUGCUACUGCAGAAGCUACUAUGGUGGUCUGGGCUAUGGCUAUGGUGGCCUGGGCUAUGGCUAUGGUGGCUAUGGUGGCUAUGGUUAUGGCUGUUGCAGCCCCCUGUGCUACAGAAGAUACUGGUCCUAUGGCUUCUACUAGGAGUUUACACAGCUUCACAGCCUGUAGAUUAGAACCUGGUGUUUUAUGAAAUUUAUCUCCAAUGCUCCUCACAUGACAAAUUUUAAAUGUCUUUGAAUGCCAACUACAUAUGAAAAUCUAAAAAAUAAUAAACUGCAACAUUCCAUUUUGAUUCAUCAGUAUCAAUUGUUUUAUUUUACUUUUUUGUAGUUUUUGGAAGAGUUUCUGUAAUCUCCCCAUGAGGCUAUAUAACAUAUGAUGAACUUGGACUCCCAAUUUUGUAUACAGAUUUAUU